AUGAAUAUAUCUUCCAAAACCUUCCACCUACAUCCAUCCCAUUUAUACACAAUUCAAUUUCCUUCUUUCCUCCUUCAUAGAGAGAUGAAUAAAAAAUCGAAACAACAAAACCGAUUUGUCCGCAUAAUCACCACUCCAUACCGGGCCCUGUGCAAGGCCCGCGACUUCUACGUCCGAAACAUGCUCGACUGCGCGAAUUCGAAUGCGAUCGGGCUGCAGAGCUCCGGGCAGGGCGGGCCCGCCCUGCCCCGGAGCUUCAGCACGUCGUCGUCGUCGGCCUCCCGCGACGACGACGCGGACUUCCGCGAGCUGGUCCGGGCCGCCUCGGCCCGGACCGCCGGGCUCGACGCCUACAUCAAUCAGGAGGAGCGGAAGGCGAGGCCCGGGCCGGGCCGGGCCUUGCCACCGCGGAGCGCCAGCGUGGCAAUGGGGAGGAUUGAUGAGGAGAGGCCAAGUGGAUUCUUUGGGGAAGAUGUUAAAAUUGGUAAUUUUAAUAAUUUUGAUAAUAGUAGUAAUAGAAUUGUUGAUAGGAAGAGUGGAUUGAAAUAUCCAAGGAGCAAAAGUGAUGCCGUGGUGGUCAGAACGACGUUGUUUUGAUGUUUUUAUUUAUUUUGGAAAUUAGAUUGCAAAAAUUUUAGAUUUAUGUUUAUCAAUAGGAGUAUUAGACAUGCUCCAAAUUGAAUUGUUGUUAAUAAUGAUAGAAUUUGGGAUUGUUCGGUUA